AUGCGGAAACCCGGGGAUCUUCCGCCCUCAUCCCCUUCCGAUGAAACAUCUUUACCUCAGAUUCGCGAUGUGCAUUCCCAUCUGCCGGGGCUACGGAUCGCUCCGUUGCGGCAGCCUGUAUCGCGCCGACUGUGGAACACGCCCUUUCCUCAAAAUCCGGAGAUAACAGCGCAUGCAGCAGCAACAACGGCCCCGAAGGGGGGUUUGUCAACCAUAACGACUGGUCCUCAGCUUCCGGAGAGGCUUCCUACUUUAGAAGAGUUUGUGAAUGCUGCUCGCACGUCGGAUGCCGAUCUAGGCGACAGCCAUCUCAAUCCAAACAUCCCGCCACCUCCGAAGACUAUAUUACCAGAUUUUAUCAACCUUCAAACCGUGGAGAAGCUACCAUAUUUAUUUGAGGAUAACAAUGCAUCAAAGCGUCGCCGUAUAGAUCUACUUAAUGAUCACUUCUCUAGCGAGCAUCUCCAACUUCCCGUUCCGCAGACACAGAAUGAAAAGAAGCCACGACCAUUCGGCCCGUUUGCCAUCUUGAAUGGAUUGAAUGAGCCGCCUCCGAAUGCUGCAUUAUUUCCACCCAUUGAACCGGGAUCAUUACCGCCGAUCUUGACAAGACCUAUGAUAGAUUCUGAAUUGGUAGUACCUGAUAGACACACCGAGAAACAAGUGGAUAAACGAGAGCUGCGAUUAGAGGAAAUCCUAGACCCGAAUAGCCUGGAACGAUCGAAUGUCGAUUAUGCCGAAGAGCCCAAGCUUGACCAAUCACCAGCGAAUGAUCAUAGUCAAAGUGCGAGUCAAUUUCCUGCUGACAACAAUGAGAAUACGGUAGACAAGCUAGUUGACGCAAAUGAGCCACUGUCGCCCAAGACUCGGGGCCGCUCGCGCAAGAAUCUUAGGCGGUGGACAGAACAAGAGACUACUGAUCUACUCAAAGGCGUGGUAAAAUGCGGCAUCGGGAAUUGGACGGCUAUCCUGCAACAGCCGGAAUUGAAAUUCAACAAGCGCAGUGCUGCUAAUCUAAAGGACCGCUUUAGAGUCUGUUGCCCAUGGGCUUACGGAGCAGCUGACCCAAACGAAGCAACAAAGCAAGUUCAAGACACUCUUGCGAAUGCAUUGAUGAAUGCGGAGUCCCUGACGUCAGGGGCUGGUGGUAAAAUCUUAUUACCUGAUCCUAGACCCAAGGAAAGCAACACGUCGGCUUCUGCGGAGGUGAUUGAGCCUGCUUCAACCAAGCUAGGCGAUCAAUCACUGACACCAUCCUCGCGAUCUAAACAACCACCUCCCCCGACACCCGCACCAGUACCUGCACUCGAAUCUCCCCAACCUUUUUUGUCGGUCAAAUCAACACCUACACAGUCCACUAAAUCCAAGUCCACCCUCUCGUCGCUAGGAAUUUCGGAGCCCUACUUCACGAUCAAAUCAAAACGCCGUUCGCGUAGGCCAUUUACGCCCGCUGAAGAUGAAGCUCUCCUCAAAGGUUACGCAGUUCACGGCUUUCAAUGGACACUAAUCCAGCAAGACAAACAUUUGAAUCUGUCACAUCGGCGUGCAACCGAUCUAAGAGAUCGGUUUAGAACCAAGUUUCCUAAUGCGUACCGUGAGGGUGGAAGUGUCAGUGGUGGGAGUAUAGGCUCGCUGCAACGUGAGAAUAGCAACGAAUCUACGCAAACUCUCGCAAAUAACAGGCAGGAAAAGACUGCGACCCCAUCAUCACAGAGAUUAAAGGACGUUCCACAGUCGAUAUCAUUACCACCGCCGUUGGUGUCACCGCCGCCAUUAGGUAGUGCCAAUUCAGCAGACAAGAAACGCAAUCCACAUUUGGGCGAGUCGACCAGUCUGACGUCUAUCACCUCACUUCUGCCGCCAUUGGCCCAGUCAGGCAUGGGGCCCGAGUCUUCAAGUACAGCGGGAGGAGGACAAAGUACAAAAUCAUCGACUUAUUCAUUUUCUUCGGGCUCAGGUACGGGUAAUCACAAUACAAGUUUUACGUCUGUGUCCUCCGCUGCCAAUGCAGCUACAAGUUCAUGGGAAGAUAAUACGCUUCCACCGUUUAAUUGGAACGAUAUGAACUGA